CUGCGAUUAUAACCAGUUUACCAGUUAUAACGUCAAAACUGCUCCGUUCCGUUGUUCUCCGCGAGCCGCGACCGCGGUGGUGGAACAAGUGCCAUUUGUUCCUGUAUAUAUUAGUAUAAAUUCUUUUACGAUGCAUUGAGAAGACUUUUUUUUUCUACGCGAGUUGAACAUUCGCGUAAUCUCCAUCCCCCAGUGUCACGAGACCUCGUCUCGUUGUCUUUCAUGCGGAAAAACAUGGUAAAUGAGUUUUUUUCGUAAUGAAGAAAGUCAACGAGUUAUUCGCGAUUUUUAUCGUUCUGGAAUAUCUCUGUGGAAUAUGUACGACUCAGUUGCUUAUACACGUCAAAAAUCAGGGUGGUGACAUAUUUUUGGAGAAAAUAUCAGCAAAUGUCACUGAAGACAUGAUCACUCUGGAAUUCCAGAGGUCUGAUGGAACUUUGGUGACACAGCUCAUCGAUUUCAAAAAUGAAGUGCGAGUAAUAAAAGCACUUGUUUUGGGAGAGGAGGAACGAGGUCAAAACAAAUAUCAAGUGAUGUGUUUUGUCAAUCAUUUUUACAAAAUGGAUUUCAUAUCGUCGGACGCGAUGUCCAAAUUGCGUCAGAAAAAUCCAGGCACGAUUCGCGUAGCAGAAGAGGAUCGAGGACAUUCCAAUUACAGCAUGGAUCUUUUUCUCAAUGUUUCAAAGUCCAAAGUCAUAUCGAAGCACGUUAUAACGUUAUGUACCGAAGAAGCAGCAGCGUCGACUUACACGAGAAAGGAGGAUUUGAAACAGUGGAUUCAAAGGCCAGGUUCGUCCGAAACGGCCCUGACAGCGGCGGUACGAAGUUUCACAUCUUCACCACCGAGCGUUCAGUCAACGAACGUGACACGAGCUCAAACAGUGACAAAAUGUUCGGACACAGCAAAUCUAUGGGCCCCGUGCAUGUGUUCUCUGGAGCUUUGUAUAGGUUGGUAUCCCUGUGGUUUGAAAUUUUGCAAGGGCAAAACCGACGCGAAAAAAGUACCAACGACAUAUCGUUGCGGCAUUAAAACGUGUAAAAAAUGUUUCAUAUUUUCCUAUUACUCGGUGAUGAAACAGAAUUGUUUAUGGGACGAAUGACGUAUGGGGACGCGUUGAAACGCACCGAAAAUUUGAAACAUAAUACAAUCGAACCGGAUUAUCUGUUUACACAUUUUUACUAAAAAAUUUUCACAAAAGCAUUUUAAUCCUGAGAUUAGGAAUCAAAAGUAAGUUUCAACAUUCUAAAUAAUUGUACCCGAACAUUCCUUCGUACCGGUUUGAGUAUUGUUCAUUGUGCCAUUCGUUUUUGCAGCUUAUCGUUACGCUACGAAAUUAUUGAGAACAAAAUAUCUGGCAAGCUUCCCAUUGGGCGGGGAUCAAAUGUUGGAAUGACUAAAAUUUCGAGCAACUAAAAUCUCGAGUUUAUAAACUUCGAAUGAUAAUAUGGAGGCAGAUAGAUUCGACUAGAGCUUUGAAUGCCGAAAAUAAAUAAA